AUGGCUACCUCCGACUCACUCAGCAGCUCAUCACUGCUCGACGACCAAGAUGAAAACGUCAGAAUUGCCGUCAAGGCCCUUGGCGACAUGCGAAACGGGCACCCGUCGCCCAGAGAGACUCAGUCUGCAGCUACUCCUGCGCUUUCGGUGGCUUCUACGUCGCAGCCGCCGACGUCUCUGCCUAGCCCGACGAUCUCUUCUAUCGAUACCGAAAUGUACGGAGGCGGAGGGGCGCUGGAACCCGAGUUUGUGAAGCGGAUGUCCCACCUGCCGCUGGUCAACAGCGCGUUGAGGGCGUACGAGCAGGGGAAGGCUAGCUCGAGAGUCGUCAAGUAUGGCGCCGAGAUGAUGGAAUCAGGUGUGAAGACGAUAUCGAAGCCCGUCAUUGACCGGCUACCAGUGAAUGUUGAACAACUGGACGAGUUCGCUUGUCGGCAAUUGGACAGGCUGGACAGGUAUCGUCGGCCAUCGUGCGAUGGAGAAAGUCCACGAGGACGCGGGCGAAGUAACACGCGUCAAGAAUCGCCAUCGCCAGACAGAGACGUAAGCAUGUCGUGUUCAGCCGAAGGCGACGAUGCAAAGCGCGUGGGGAUGUGGAUAGACAGUACGAGUUCUUACGAUCAGCGGCGUUCCCCUACGCCGACGCCUGAAGCACCAGUGGAGGAUGGGGAUCAGCAACAAGUUGCCCAGAGAAGCAGAUGGCACACUGUGCUGCUAGAAGCGGGAGGGUUAAGUGCAGCCUUGAGCGAAGAAAGUCUACGUCGGUUACGAUAUUGUUUGAGUUGGUUGCAGUAUGCUACCGCUCACAUUGACGCCCAAAUUGUCGUUCUACGAAACUUUACUGCAACCCUACAGGAACGCCAUUUUUCAAAUCAAAACGGCGAGGGAGCUCCAUUGUCAGAAGUUCACAUGCAUACCCUCGCGCAUAUACGUCAAGACAUCGUGCACACGGUUCGACAGGUGGUUGAUGUCGUGGGCAAAUACGCUGGUGGGGCUUCGCUACCAGAGCCAGCCCGUCAGCGCGUGAAAGGUUUCAUUCUCACAUUGCCAAAGCGAUGGGCUGCCGCAAUGAGGAAUGGCGCCGCCCCCGGAAGCGAAAACGAACGGGAAAGCGUAGCUGCUGCUUCUGCGGGAAGGAGUCGAAGGCAUCAUCAACCCAAGAGAGACCGCGGCGUCGCUUCUGUCACUGCCUCUCCCCAGCAAUCACCAACCGCCUCUCCACGUAUUCAUCCCCGCACUAUGGCAUCUGAAGAUGGACAUCGGAGGAUGACCACGGGUACAGCUAUGGUUGCGGCGCAGCGGAUACUCACGCUGGCGACGGAAAGUUUGGAUAUGAUGCGCGGAGUCACGGGGGUUGUGAAGGAUAGUUUGGAUCGUGCCGACGCUUGGGUUGGAAGGCUGCGAACUGUAGGUAUACGUGGGGCUGCUGAAGGUGAAGAAACAGAUGCCGGCAGGGAGAGUGUCGUCCCUCCGUCUUUGAGACGGCGAGAUAGUUUCGAUGUUCCUGGCACGCCCACGGUACCUGUCGAUUCGCCCAGCCCUGGCGUACGGCUUCCCUUGAGCAGCAUGAGUCUUGACGAAGAAGACGAGGCUGAGGGCAGCGGGCGUAUGGACGUCGACCCUGCUUGA